AUGGGGUGUCUUUGGUUGGCCAGCGAAACUACACUCAGAUAUAAACACGAUGAAUUGGAAAGAUAUUUACAAAUGAAUAUUGGUGAUGUCCAUAAGCAAUCAAAUUCCUUGGCAUUUUGGAAAGAAAAUCAAUUGAAAUUCUCAAAUUUAUCGUUAUUAGCAAGGCGACUUUUCUCGAUUCUGACAACAUCUGCCGGUGUUGAACGGCAGUUUAGUGCUACUGGAUUGGUCAUUAAUGAACGUCGUGCAUCACUAAAUUCUGACACGGCUGAGGAUAUCUCAUUAGUUAGAUCAGUUCAGAAAAUAGUUGAACAAAAAUCAAAUUUUUUUACUUAG